AUAGAUGCAAGUCAGGAAGGCGGGACAUUGCCCACCAGCAUUGGGAAAUGUAUUUGUUAUUAUUUUUGUAGUAGGUUUUAUUUUUUAAAGGGAAACGGGUAAAGUCAACGUGAAUAGAUUAUAACAAUUUCCACAGUUUUCCGGUGUUUUUUGGCUAUCCACCGAUUUAAUUAUUUUUUGUCUCGGUGUUUUAUCGGUUAAACCGAAAAUCAGAAGCCCUUGCUAUUAUUAUUAUUACAUCAGGAAAAUAGUGCUAUUGAGUGACAAAGUUUGCUAUCAAUCGUAAAUUAUAGUGUUUUUUUUUUUAAAGUGCCAGUUGGCACACAGUAUCUGAAAUUGUACCCAGUAAUGUUACCACCUUCUUAUACAAUCUAGCAGCAGUGGUGACGGUGUUUUACGAAUCAAGUGAGGACAGUUCUGUGUAUACAUUGAAUACAAUGUAUUUAAUUCCAUACCUUUUUAAAUUACAGUUUAGCAUUAUUUGUAUAAUGGUGAGGUAGCUUGACUAAUCACCUGGUGUCUUGACCUACUCGUUUUUUUUUCAUUGCACAGUACCGUAAAUUAUAUUUAGAGCCUUUAGGACAUUUUCUAGCGAUACAGCCUGUAUUACAGGGGGAUUCUCCAGUGCUGUAAAAUGGUCUAAAACCAUCGUAUUGUAGUACAUCGCUCAAUCUAUCUGCAAAGCCCCACUUGUUUACUGUAAUAUAGAAGUUCAAAACCAGCGCCUCUUUGCACACUACACAAACUGGUUCAAGCCAAGUGACUUCCUAUACACGUCGAUAAGAUAACCGAUGUAGCAGUCGUGUUACACGGGGCUUCAAAUUGCUAUUAACGAGAGAAAGACGUUUUAUGACUAACUUUUAUAUAGUCUUUAGGAGACAAGACAUGGACGGCAAUAAACAAACACCAGAUUUUGAUCAAACAGAGCACCAGCACAUUCGCUGUAACCCCCUGAGGGAUAUGUGGGUCCUCAUCUCAGCUCACCGGAUGAAAAGACCCUGGAAGGGUCAGGUAGAGAAGCCCUCAGAAGAAUAUGUCCCCCGACAUGAUCCCUCUAACCCACUCUGUCCUGGAGCCACAAGGGCAAAUGGGAUGGUAAACCCAGAAUAUGACAGUACUUUUCUGUUUGAUAAUGACUUCCCUGCACUGCAGCCAGAUGCUCCUGAGCCAGGAGUCAGCGACCAUUCACUGUUUCAAACAAAAGCAGCCAAGGGUGUAUGUAAAGUGAUGUGCUUCCAUCCCUGGUCAGAUAUCACCCUCCCACUGAUGCAGGUCUCUGAGAUAAAAAAUGUCAUUGACAAAUGGGCUGAGCUGUUGGUAGAUCUGGGGGCCACAUACCCGUGGGUUCAGAUUUUUGAAAAUAAAGGGGCCAUGAUGGGCUGCUCGAAUCCACACCCUCAUUCUCAGGUGUGGGCCAGUAAUUUUCUUCCCAAUGAGCCAAGACUGGCGGACCGCUGCCAACGAGAAUAUUACAGGGAUAAAGGUGCGCCAAUGCUGCUGGAGUAUGCCAAGCAGGAGAUCCAGAGAAAGGAGCGAGUUGUGGUUGAGAAUGAAGACUGGCUGGUAGUUGUUCCUUACUGGGCAACAUGGCCUUUCCAAACGUUGCUUCUGCCCAGGAGGCACGUGCUGCGUUUGAACGACCUCUCCAAUGAGGAGCGACAAAGCCUGGCGUCUAUAAUGAAAAGGCUCCUGACAAAAUAUGACAAUUUGUUUGAGAUAUCGUUUCCAUACUCAAUGGGGUGGCACGGUGCACCCACAGGCCAUCAGCUGGCAGAAGAUAUGAGCCACUGGCAGCUCCACGCCCACUACUACCCACCCCUCCUCCGCUCUUCCACCAUUCGGAAGUUCAUGGUGGGAUAUGAGAUGCUGGCUCAGGAACAGAGGGACCUCACUCCAGAGCAGGCAGCUGAGCGAUUACGGAACUUGCCAGAGGAACACUACAAAACAAAGGCAGACAAAAGCAAUUUGAGGGAGAACGCUAAAGAAAGCAAAUGAGCUGCUCGGAUAGCAGCAGCGCACUGAUGCAUUCUUACAGAGCAUAUGCACAAGAGGGACACCUUUCCCUGCAUCCACCGGUAUCAGAAAAAGUCGUGCCCCCGCUUCCACAAACCAUUCAUUAAAAGUUACAAAAUCCUAAGGGUUUUAUUAGUGUCGAGUGUUUUUUUUUAUUGCAAAAACACAACAGAGACCCAAACCUCCCCACCAUUCAGGAGGGGAAAGAAAAGUCUAAAUUCCUGAUAAUUAGGGAUGAUAUGUACUUGCACUCUUCAAUUGUAAAGACUGUUUUGGGAUGGGAACACUUGUUCACAAACUGUCUGAGGCCACAAUUACUCAUUUCCAAUAGCAAAUAGCCACCAUUAUUUUUUUUUACAAACUAUAGUAGGUUAAUCUACAGUAGUACUGUAGAUCUAUCUGGGGAGGUUCAAGAGUGAUUUUUAAACUAGGACAGUAUGAGCAACAAAAUACAUCCAAAUUGUAAAUCUGGACACAUUGCAACAUAUGCUGUUCCACUCACAUACUGUCAUUGCUGGGAAAUAUACAAAGGAGGUCAUCUUCAAAUUAGUUGUCCUUUAAUGGGUCUAAUAAUUAAAAACCUUUUAAUUGCUUUUUAUGAGAUAUUGCCUUUUAGGUGGGAUUAUAUGGAACUAUUGAAGUUAUUCAUGAAUACAAAGAUUUUAUUUUUUACCCUGUCCUGCUUAAUUUUCUAUUUUGAUUUAAUAUUUACCAUCUUAAAAAAUACCCUCUCAAUUAAAACAAUUACUAUGUAUUUGGAUUUCUAUAAAUCACUUUAAAAAUUGCGAUAUUAAUAAUAAAUUAGUCUUUAUAGUUAUAGGCAUCGUUAAAAAUGGCUGUCAUUAACCCUUUCACAU